UAAUUUAAGAUGCUGGCGAUAGAUAAUUUUUAGUGUUGAGAAUGUCUACUUCAGAGAGUGAAGAGUGUAAUCUAAGUAGAAGAUUCUAUUUUAUAGUACAAACCUACAUACAUAAUGUUAUAAUGCAUGUUAGAAGGGCAAGGUUGAUUAUUUUAUAAAUCUUCGUGGAAGGUUUCAAGGGAUACUAGUGAAUAGGAUCAACAAAUCACUUGGUUUCAUUUUAAAAAGUAAGAGUGCUUUGCUUUAUAUAUUAAACUGGAGUUACAUAGCAUCACUCACUGAUGGUAUUUGUUAGACAAAAAUUGCCUGUGGGACGGCACUUGACAGGUUGACUAUUAGUUGUUUUUUAUGGCACCAGCAAACUUAAUGCAUUACUUUAUUUCAUGCAUGGCCAUAAGAACGAACACAAAGCUUAGUUGGAAAGUCUACCAGUUCUGGAGACCUAACUCUCCAUCCACCACAAUCAUACUAUCAUAGUGUACUUUCUUCAUCGUUCUCAUGGCAAUUAGAUCACGUUCCUCUUCCUUCACCUAUGAUGUUUUCCUCAGUUUCAGAGGGGAAGACACACGCCAUGGUUUUACUGGCCACCUCUACAAAGCCCUUCAUGACAGGGGAAUCUACACCUUCAUUGACGAUGAGGAGCUUCAGAGAGGGGAGGAAAUAACACCAGCACUUGUGAAGGCAAUUGAAGAGUCCAGGAUUGCCAUCAUUGUGCUNUCUAUAAACUAUGCUUCUUCCUCAUUUUGCUUAAAUGAACUUGAGUACAUCCUUGAGUGCUUUAACAAAAAAUAUAUGUUGGUUUUGCCAGUUUUCUUUAAGAUAGAUCCUUCUGAUGUUAGACACCAGAAAGGUAGUUAUGGAGAAGCAUUAGCUAAGCAUGAGCAAAGGUUCAACCAUAGCAUGGAGAAGUUGGAGAAUUGGAAGAAGUCUUUGCAUCAAGUAGCUAACUUGUCUGGCUUUCAUUUGAAACAUGGAGAUGGAUAUGAACAUGAGUUUAUUGGAAGGAUAGUUGAGUUGGUAUCCAGCAAGAUUAAUCAUUCUCCCUUACCUGUUGCGGAUUACCCAGUUGGACUAGAGUCACAANCACUGGCAGUAAGGAAGCUUUUGGAUGUUGGAUCUGAUGAUGUCCACAUGAUAGGAAUCUAUGGAACCGGUGGGAUAGGAAAAUCAACACUUGCUUUAGCAGUUUAUAAUUUGAUUGUUCACCAUUUUGANUGUUCGUGUUUUCUUCAAAACGUGAGAGAAAAAUCAAACAAGCAUGGGUUACAACACCUCCAAAGCAUCCUUCUUCGGGAAAUGCUUGGAGAGAAGGAAGCAAACUUUGNUAGUGUAGAACAAGGAGCUUCAGUGAUACACCAUAGGUUUCAAAGAAAGAAGGUUAUCUUGAUUUUGGAUGAUAUUGACAAAUACGAGCAAUUGCAGGCUAUUGUUGGAAGACCUUGUCUUUUUGGUCCUGGCAGCAGAGUCAUCAUCACUACUCGGGACAAACAAUUAUUGUCAUCUUAUGGGGUUAUAAGAACGUAUGAGGUGAAUUUAUUGGAUAAGAACAAUGCUCUUGACUUGCUUUCAUGGAAAGCUUUUAAAACAAAAGAAUUUGAUGCAAGUUAUAAUGAGGUCUUGAAUGAUGUAGUGAUUUAUGCUUAUGGGCUUCCAUUGGCUUUGGAAGUGAUAGGUUCCAACUUGUUUGGAAAAAGUAUAGAAGAAUGGAAAUCUGCUAUCAAACAGUAUAAAAGAAUUCCUAAUAAUCAAAUCCUAGAGAUACUUAAAGUGAGCUUUGAUUCUNUGGAGGAAGAAGAGAAGAGUGUUUUUCUUGAUAUUUGUUGGUUAAAUAGAUAUCCCUUGUCAAAGGUUGAAGAUUUACUUCUUGCUCAUUAUGGCGAUUGCAUGAAAUAUCAUAUUGGGGUGUUGGUUGACAAAUCUCUUAUAAAGUUGAGUCGGUAUACUCUAGAAACUAGAAUUGCAUUGCAUAGCUUGAUCCAGGAUAUGGGUAAAGAAAUUGUCAGGCAAGAAUCACCAAAAGAUCCAGGGAAGCGCAGUAGAUUAUGGUUACCGGAAGAUAUAAUUCAAGUUUUGGAAGAUGACAAGGAUUUCAUGAAUCUUAGAGUAUUAAAUUUUGAUUUCUGCAAAUGUUUAACACAGAUACCUGACAUGUCUGUUCUCCAAAAUUUGGAAGAACUUUCAUUUAAAUAUUGUGUGAAUCUAAUUACAGUUCACGACUCAGUUGGUUUGCUGGAUAAACUUAAAACAUUGAGUGCUUUUAGCUGCGAAAAGCUUAGGAGUUUCCCGCCUAUCAAGUUGACCUCUCUUGAAAAACUUGAUCUUUCAGGUUGUGACAGUCUGAAGGGUUUUCCAGAAGUAUUAGUUAAGAUGGAAAACAUAAGGGAACUUAAUUUGGAGGGCUGUCCCAUAACAGAAUUGCCAAUUUCAUUUCAAAAUCUUACCGGGCUUCCGUCAUUAGAAAUGUUUUUUUCAACUAGUGCAAUUGUUAAGGUGCCCAGUAGCAUUAUCAUGAUGCCAAAACUGGCUGAUAUCGACGCCAGAGGAUUGAAAGGGUUGCAAUGGCUGAAACAUGAAGAGGGUGAAGAACAAAUGGGGGCAGUAGUAGUACCUUCAAAGAUAGAAUUUCUUACUGCUUCAAAUUGCAACCUUUAUGAUGAUUUCUUUUCGAUAGAUUUCACAAGGUUUGCUCAUGUGAAGAAUUUAUGGUUACCUAAGAAUAAUUUUACCAUCCUUCCUGAAUGUCUGAAACAAUGCCAAUUUUUAUAUGAUCUUGAUGUGAGUGAUUGCAAGCAUCUUCGGGAAAUUAGAGGCAUUCCACCAAACUUAAAGCGUUUCUUUGCUAUAAACUGUAAAUCCUUGGCUUCCUCGAGUAAACGCAUGCUCCUAAAGCAGGAACUGCACGAGGCUGGAAACACUGUGUUUUGUUUGCCAGGAUUUAGUAUUCCAAAGUGGUUCAAUCACCAGAACCGGGGAACUUCAAUUUCUUUCUGGUUUCGUAAUAAGUUCCCUGACAAAGUUCAGUGUGUUCUUGUUGCACCUAUGCAGGACAAAUUUUUUCGUCCCAGGGUUUUCAUCAAUGGCAAACAAUAUACCUCGUAUGGUCACUUUGGCUUGACAGGGAAUCAUCAUAAAUAUCUUUUUGAUCUGCGAGAGGCAAGUUUCAAAACAAAAAGUCCGUAUAGGGUGCCUUUUGAUAGUGAAUGGAAACAUGCAAAGCUUUCAUUUCCACCGGGAACAUAUACCUCUUUUGACCGUGCAAAAAUGGGAAUCCACAUAGCCAAACAGGAAAAUAGCAUGGAGGAUGUUAGAUUCACUGAUCCUUGCAGCAAGAGAAAAACAGAUGUUGAUAUCAGCAGUUCUGACUCAGAAUCUAUACCAGUUGCUAAAGAGCACAGGUUUCUGGAUUUUGACCUUUGAUGGACGGUAACAACGUAAAAUUUAUGGUCAUAUCUAUUAAGUUGGAGUUGUAUAAUAUUGUGAAGUUGUAUUCAAAUUCAAUUGAGUGAAACUAAAUAAGUGGCACAAUUAGUGUAAGUUAAAUUAUGUUGUGGCUUGCAAUAUCACACUAACCGAUUUUGGUUACCCUUAUUGUUGUGAUCUGUGUAAAUGGAACAAAAGAAAAGAAGUAUUACAAGUAGAGUU